AUGCCACAGACUACCAAAGACGAGUAUCUCCAGAAAAAAUUUGAUAAGAUUGACAAAGAUAAUACGGGUAAAAUAAGUGCGGCCGACUUUCGACAAGCCAUUUUGGGUGAUUAUCGUCUUGAAGCUUUUCGUACUACAACAAUCGAUGUCUAUAUCACCGAAUUAAGUAAUCAUACAGGACGGAUUACAUUUGAACAAUUCAAGAAGUUUAUGCAAGCGGAUACAUAUACACUCAAGAACUCUCUAUUUACUAUUGAAUUCAAACAGGCAUUCGAUGAGAUUGAUACCAAUAAGGAUGGUUUUAUAUCGUCGCAGGAAGCACGUCAAGGUCUUACUUUAGCUGGUCAACACAUAUCAGGAUUAUGUUUUAACCAAAUUAUUCAAAUGUUUGAUGAUGAUCACGAUGGACAAAUGUCAUUCGAAGAAUUCUUGAAUAAUAUUAAGAUACUAUGGCACGAAUAA